AAAAGGUGUGCUGUGCUCUCACGUUUUCGGUUAUUUUUUCUAAAAUAAAUUAAAUAAAUUUCUUAGGAAACUCCAUUUACAAUGUCUGGCCGUGAGGGUGGCAAGAAGAAACCCCUAAAAGCUCCCAAAAAGGAAAGCAAGGAACUUGAUGAUGAUGAUCUGGCCUUAAAGCAAAAGCUAAAGGAACAACAGAAAGCUCUUCAGGAAGCGAAAGCCAAGGCAUCCCAAAAAGGUCCACUCACGCAAGGUGGCAUAAAGAAAUCAGGGAAAAAGUGACAAAAUAAUCUUUACUUCCAUAAUGUUUAAAAUAUAGGCUGUAAAUUUUUAUUGUAAGAAGGAAGAUCUUUAUUAUGAUAUCUUUUCUGAGCACUGCAAUUCAUGUAAAUCUUCUGACAAAUUUGUUUGAUAAAAUGCCAAGACUAGCUAGAAUCAGCUCAUUUAAUUUCACUUGUUUCAAGAGCUGAUGGUUUAUAAGGUAACAAUGCAGUGCAGAACAUGGCUCCUAAUGUAUAUUCAUCAACUUUUUGUAACUCAUAGGUUAUUGCGCAUUUCUUUAUGGUAUAAAUGUUGUG